CCUACAAAUCGAAAUAACCGUUACUAAUAGAGGAGAAAAAACAAGAGAGAGACAAAACAUUGGCUGCACACGUAUGUAGGAGGAGGAUGGCGCCUCGAAGUACGGUGGUUCCUGAGCAAGUACUGGAUUUGGCGCAUGCGAAACGUUUAUCGUCUGAAAACAAGCGAAGAGACCCAGAUAUAAAUUCGUUUGUUUCCAUUAUCCUAUAGCCAGACUUUAUACAGUUUUGAGAGAAAUACAAUCUCUUUAAGUAUUGCAAAUGACUACUUGUAUACCUGCUGGAAGCGGCAACUUGCAUUAUAGUUCGGCACUAAGCAAGGGACAUGGCUGUAGAAAAACUUCUUGGGUGUCUGGUAUAGCAUUAAAGAGAAGUACCCAGAAAGAGCUUUCAUGGUCAUGUAGUGUAUCAAAAUUCUUGCGGUUCCAAAGGUGUAAUUUUUCCCAAUCUCCAUUUGGUGAUAAUCAGAAGCCCCUUAGAACUGUAACUUCAUCUUGCUUGAGAGAUGGUUCCACAAAGUAUUUUGAUUUUGCUGUCAUUGGAAGUGGAGUUGCUGGCCUUCGUUACGCUCUUGAAGUUGCAAAACAUGGAACUGUUGCUGUGAUUACCAAGGAUGAGCCUCAUGAGAGCAACACAAACUAUGCUCAAGGUGGUGUUAGUGCUGUGCUUUGCCCUUCAGAUUCUGUGGAGAGUCACAUGCACGACACAAUUGUAGCUGGUGCUUAUCUGUGUGAUGAGGAGACUGUCAGAGUUGUCUGUACAGAAGGACCUGACAGAAUCAGAGAAUUGAUUGCUAUGGGUGCCUCAUUCGAUCAUGGAGAAGAUGGCAAUUUGCAUCUAGCAAGAGAGGGGGGGCAUUCUCAUCAUAGAAUUGUUCAUGCUGCUGAUAUGACUGGAAGGGAGAUUGAGCGUGCUCUACUAGAGGCAGUUGUCAAUGAUCCAAAUAUAUCUGUUUUCGAACACCAUUUUGCAGUAGAUUUGCUAACUUGUCAGGAUGGUUCUGACACAGUAUGUCUUGGUUUUGACACAUUGAAUACUGAAACAUUAGAGGUGAUAAGGAUUAUUUCAAAGGUGACUUUACUUGCAUCAGGUGGUGCUGGACACAUGUAUCCGACAACUACAAAUCCUCCGGUUGCCACUGGAGACGGAAUGGCCAUGGCCCAUCGAGCUCAAGCUGUAAUAUCCAAUAUGGAAUUUGUGCAGUUCCACCCAACUGCCCUAGCUGACGAAGGCCUUCCCACGAAACCAGCCAAAUCUCGAGAGAAUGCAUUUCUUAUCACUGAAGCUGUUAGGGGUGAUGGAGGCAUUUUGUACAAUUUAGGAAUGGAAAGGUUCAUGCCCUCGUAUGAUGACAGAGCAGAACUUGCUCCCAGGGAUGUAGUGGCAAGAAGUAUAGAUGACCAGCUUAAAAAGCGGAAUGAGAAGUAUGCGCUCCUAGAUAUAAGUCACAAGCCCAGGGAAAAAAUUCUCUCACACUUCCCCAACAUUGCUGCUGAGUGCCUACAAUAUGGCCUGGACAUAACUCGCCAACCAAUUCCAGUGGUUCCUGCAGCUCAUUACAUGUGCGGGGGUGUCCGUGCUGGACUCCAAGGGGAGACAAAUGUGCAGGGCUUGUAUGUGGCCGGUGAGGUUGCAUGCACAGGUUUGCAUGGAGCAAACCGACUUGCUAGUAACUCAUUGCUUGAAGCGCUAGUUUUUGCAAGAAGAGCUGUCCAGCCCUCAAUCGAUCACAUGAAGAGCUCCAAACAUGAUCCCAGCGCUUCAAAUUGGUGGGCAAGACCAGUUGUUCCUUUGGUACUUGCAAGUGAUGCUAUGAACAAAGUGGAAAAAAUGACGAGGGAAGUAAGGAAAGAACUGCAAUCAAUCAUGUGGGAAUACGUGGGAAUCGUUCGGUCAACAACAAGGCUGGAAUUUGCAGAGCAAAAGAUUGGUGAGCUGGAGGGGAAAUGGGAGGAUUACUUAUUUCAACACGGUUGGGAGCCAACAAUGGUGGGGCUUGAGGCUUGUGAAAUGAGGAACCUUUUUUGUUGUGCAAAGCUCGUGAUUAGCAGUGCCCUUGCUAGGCACGAAAGCCGUGGACUCCACUACACCAUUGAUUUCCCUCAUCUGGAGGAAAGUAAGAGGCUGCCAACAGUUAUUUUCCCCUGUUCAUCAGUCAAGAGUACCUGGAGUUCACGACAACUAUCCAGGCAGCCCUUAUAGCAGUCAGCAACUCAGCCGCGCUGGCAAGAUUCGCAUGUUUAGGUCUUUUAAGAACUUCUCAUUGUUACGUUUAUAUGAUCAUAAAUUUGAUCAUUUAAAUUUAAAAUAAUUGCAAAAAGGUGACAAAAUGAUUAUUACAAUUCACUUGGACACUUUAAAAUUUGGAAUACUUCCUCUUUCUUCA